AUUCCUCGUAACACUACAAAGACGGAUAGUCCGGGUGUAAAGAAAAAAGGAAUAUUAUAAAAUAGACUGAUCUUACGGAUUGAACGGCGGAAAUGGCAACUGCGCAAGCUCAAGAACCAAGUUGGCAAUGUGAUAAAUCACUGGUCGAGUGUCUGAAUCAUCUAUUCGCAUCCGGUAUAGCAUGUGACGUCACAUUCCUGGUUGGAGAAGACAAAUACAGGAUUUCGGCCCAUAAAACUAUUCUGAUCAGCAGAAGUCCUGUAUUUUACACCAUGUUUGAGGGAAAUCUCGCCGAAAAGGGCGAAAUAGCAAUUCCGGAUAUUGAACAAGAGGUGUUCACAAUGUUUUUGAGGUAUCUGUAUACAGACACAAUAGAACUGACCGUCAAAACUUCAAUCUCUAUCCUGUCAGCUGCGAGGAAAUACAUGGUUGACCGUCUUGUCAAAAAGUGUGAAACUUUUCUAAAGAGUUCUCUUACGGCUGAAAAUGUAUGUCUUCUAUUAGAACAAGCCCAUAUCUACACAGAGGAAAGCCUGAAGGAGGACUAUCGACGCGUCAUCGCAAGGUCUUCGAAAGAAGCGCUGAAAUCCAACAGUUUCGUCGACCUGUGUGGCGUCUGUGUGAAGAGUAUCACAGAGUCGGACGAAUUAGCGGUGGAGGAGAGCGUGGUGUACGAGGCGGUGAUGAGUUGGUCUGAGGCGGAGUGUGGACGUCAGGGCCUGGAGGUGACGGAUACAAAUAGACGGGAGGUACUAGGGGACAUAAUCUACACAGUCAGGUUCCCCAUCAUAGACGCCAAGUAUUUAUCACAGCAUGUCAUUAAAAGAGAUGUCCUGACGGCAGAACAGUUACUGAGCAUCCUAAGAUUUCAGCAGGACAACAAGGCAUAUCCCUGCACAGAAUUUACCGUGAACCAACGAGCACUUAGAAAACCAGUAACAUUUGUAAAAGAAUGCAUAAGCAGAUUUAAGGGUACGACGCGCAAUAAACGGAGUGGAAUGAUUGUUGAUGAUAGCGAAUCGAUAUCGUUUGUCUCCACCGUUGACAUUUCGCUGCAUGGACUGAAGCUUUACGGUUCGAAAACGGGAGAUCGCAAUAUUCUUAUAGGAGUCUACAAUCAGGCUGGUGACACUCUAUACGAGAAAACACACAUGUUGCCGAAUAAGGAAGAGGUUACUAUAGAAUUCCAGCACAUCAUCAAAAUAACACCAGGACAAACCUAUACUGUCGUCAUACACGGAGGGGUGCACACAAAGGUGUAUGGAACGGAGGGAUGUAGCACGGUGAAAUGUCGUGAUGGAGAAAUCCGAUUCAUGUCAAGUACGUCUUAUCCAAGCAGACAUACAUCUGUCUAUGAAGGUCAAUUUCCUGGACUGUUGGUAACAUUGGAAUCGGCAUCAAAGCUAAAAAAACAUGACACUGUUAGUAGGUUUGAUCUGACAAAUUUUGACUGGUUGCGGUCAUAAGGUAUGAUGCAAAAACGACAACCCGAUGGAUUGAUGUUACGCACAUCAUUGUUUUACAUUAUGCUACCUUUGUCGGCCGUAUAAAAAGUAAUGAUAAAUAGAGAGAUAUCGAGUUGCAGUUUUCAAAGACUGACGUGCUCAAUACUUCCACAGUUACCCAGUUUCUAACUCAUAUAAUUGAAGCAUGAUUGUUUAUGUACUAUCAUAUAUGAACACUAAAUACCUGUUUUUCACAUUAUUUUUUUUCAUAAUUGUUAUAAUAUUCAUAAAAGUGAGUUGCUAGAAUCACGCCGUUAUGGUUCAUUGUUUCACUCUCUCGUGGUGUCGUAUUAACGGACCUUCAUGUUUACUACCACAAGUUUACCUGUGCCAUCAGCGUUCACAUUAAAUGUCCUGCACCUGUUGAAGGGAGAUAACCCAUGAUUUUGUCCAUUUAUGCUGCAUGUCAUAAUUUAUUUUGCUGCCAGUGCUUAUACCAGAAAUUUAUUAAUGAAUAUUGUAAUUGUUUCCACUGACAUAUGUCUAAAAAAAACAGGCAACAAUUA